GGCGGCAAGAUGGCGCUGCGGCCGGCGGGGCUGGGGGCCGGAGCCGCCCCCGCCGGGGUGCCCAAUGUUGCGGCCGGACCGCCGGGGAUGCCCAACGCAGCGGCGGGCGGCGCUGGAGCAGCCACCGCAGCAGCCGCGAGAAGCCCCGGACCCGCCAGCUUUGUUUUCCCUGUAACUGGUGGCCUUGGCCCUCAAGGGAUGAUUCCAAUGCAACAGCAGAGCUUCUCCAUGGUGCCUGUCAUGCAGCCCAAUAUGCAAGGCAUGAUGGGGAUGAAUUACGGUUCUCAGAUGCCUCCAGGAACGAUGACUGUGCAGGGUGGCAUGCCUCUCGGUGCGAUGCCAACAGCGGGGAUGACAUAUAUGGGACAAAGUCCCUACCUUGGAAUGCGUGCAGCAGCUCCUCAGUACACUCCGGAUAUGCGGAAGCAGUUUGUUGAAGAACAGCAGAAACGGUUUGAACACCAGCAGAAGGUUUUGGAGGAAGAAAGAAAAAGGCGUCAAUUUGAAGAACAGAAGCAAAAGCUACGGCUUUUAAGCAGUGUGAAGCCAAAGAUGGGUGAAAAAAGCAGAGAUGAUGCCCUGGAAGCUAUUAAAGGAAACCUAGACGGGUUUUCCAGAGAUGCUAAACUCCAUCCUACACCAACUGCUCAUCCCAAAAAUGCAGAUCAUCCUAAACCAUCUCAUUCUACCGUGUCUGUCUCCCAAACUGCCGCCUUUCUUGACGACGAGGAGUUUAGUGACUUUAUUCAGGGACCUGUUGAAACCCCGCCAUUCGUGCCUCCAACCUCCUCCCAGUCUUUUCAGUCUUGCCAUCCUGUUUCUCAAGCCGGGCAGCGGCUUUCAGAGAAGGCUGCGGCCCACCCUCUCCCUCCAGUCCAGUUUCCUGUCACCUCCGUCCUCCAGGGUACCGUCGGACCGGUACCCUAUUUCUCUCCUCCUCCAGCUUCACAAAACACUCAGAAAACAGGCCGUUUCUUAGAAGACAAGCCGUUGGUACCUCGCGGGUUGAGUGAAUUGGGGCAGGCUCAAAUCAAGCAGAAGGCGCCUGAGGUUGAGCUCAGCGCUGCUGCUUCAGCUGUAAACAGCCCUGAUCCCCAGUUAGCAGCCAGUGGCAGGAAGUCCCUAGGGGCGCUUCCCAAGGGAGACCCCUGUCCAGAGGCAAACAAGGCUUCAGAACAAAAGCUGCCAGUUCAAGAGUGCGGCGUUGGAGUUUUUCCUUCCCAGGAUCCAAUCCAGCAAAUGAUGCCUCCAUGGAUUUACAACGAUAAUUUAAUUCCAGAUCUUUAUAAGAAGAUUCUGGAAACCACCAUGACACCAUCCGGGAUAGAUACCGGAAAACUCUAUCCGAUUCUGAUGUCCUCUGGGCUUCCCAGAGAAACUCUUGGACAAAUCUGGGCCUUAGCCAAUCGCACCACUCCAGGGAAGCUGACAAAAGAAGAACUCUACACCGUUUUGGCUAUGAUUGCGCUAACUCAGAGAGGAGUGCCAGCCAUGAGCCCUGAAGGUUUAAACCAGUUUCCUUCUGCCCCCAUCCCUACCUUAAGCGGGCUUCAGAUGGCCAUCCCUGUCACAGUCAGCCAACAGCCUUUGAUGCCUCCUGGGCCACCGGUUUCCAUGCCUCUUAAUAUAGGACCAACAGUGGUGGGGAUCAGCAUGGCAGCAACAGUGGGUGGAGCCACCACACAGCCUUCCAGCAGCUUCAUCCAACCUUUCCCUGCAAACCAGGUUGCAAAAACAGAUGAUGACGACUUUCAGGAUUUCCAAGAUGCAUCCAAGUCGGGGGGACUUGACGAUACCUUUACAGAUUUUCAAGGGGAAGCGCCAGGAUCAAAGAAAACGUCAGCCGCACAGCAGCGGGGCAGUGCUCCUUCAAUGCUGAUACCUCUUUCAGGCCCCAAAGUGACACCUGCUGUGGAUAAAUAUGCGGUUUUUAAAGGGAUAGCAUCUGACAAGCCUGCUGAAGGUUAUGGAGAUAAAUACAGUGCUUUUCGAGAACUGGAGCCGCCAUCGGAGAGCAAAUCUAUAGGCGAGGGCUUUGCCGAUUUCAAGUCCCCGGGAACAGACGACGGUUUCACCGACUUCAAAACCGCGGACAGCAUCUCUCCACUAGAACCUCCGACAAAGGACAAAGCAUUUCCUUCCUCUUUCUCUUCUCUUUCCAUGCAGUCCAAACCACAACCCCAAGCAAAGCCUUCUCUGAAUUUGGCAGACCUGGACCUCUUCUCCUCAGCCUCAACUGGAGAGAGCCAACCUGCUCUCUUUCCAGCCACGUACAACUCCCCCAAACCGGCAACUUUUGCUACACCGUCACACACAAUAUCGGCCACCACCACUCUGCCCGCGCCAGGCAGCAGCUCAUCCCUGGCCAGCGACUUUGCUGACUUCAAUCUUUUUGGAGGGUUGCCAAGUUGUUCUUCGGCUUCCACUCAGGACGAGUUUGCAGACUUCAUGGCUUUCAACAACAACGCCGUCUCUCUGGAGCAGCAGCUGGAUGAUAAAUACGGGGCCCUCAAGCAAGAGGCCAACUCAGUUCCCCCAUCUGGCUCCUUGGCCAGUGCCGUGAAGAACGGGCAGAGUCCCGUUGCUGCUUCCAACAAAUACGACAUCUUCAAGCAGCUGUCUCUGGACAGCCCCGGGUUGGGAUUCGAGGAGCUCAAAGACCAUACUCCUUCAUCGGUGAAAAGCGAAGACGACUUUGCCGAUUUCCACUCGAGCAAGUUUUCCUCCAGCUCGGAAAAAUCCCUCAUCGACAAAUUGGCCGCUUUCAAGCAUACCAAGGAGGACUCAGCAUCUGUCAAGUCUCUUGACCUCCCAUCCAUUGGGGGCAGUAGCAUGGGCAAGGAGGAUUCGGAAGACGCCCUCUCUGUCCAGUUUGACAUGAAACUGGCAGAUGUGGGAGGAGACCUUAAGCAUGUCCUGUCUGAUAGCUCUCUGGAUUUACCAACGGUUAGUGGUCAACAUCCACCAGCAGCAGGUCUGGAUGACUUGAAAUGUGCCCCGUUUGGAUCGUAUAGCAGUGGCUCCCUUCUGAGUAGCUUCCCAAGCUGCGACUGGUUGGAUAAAGAAGAUGUCUAUCAGAGCAGGAAGUCUACCCCCUCCUCCGCUCCUGCAGGAAACGAAGCCUCCUUAGCUACCUCUGUCCUCCAGAAGAAGGAGACCUUUUUCGGCAGCUCUGAAAACAUCACCGUGACCACCGUUUCCAAGGUGACAACCUUUGCGAACGAGGACGUGAAGUUCUCAUCUUUUGCAAACUUCCAAGGUUCCAGUCCUCGUUCUGUCGACCAAAGCGAGGACGAAGUUGAAGACUUCGGAGAGUUUGCUCGACCUCCGGACGGUGGAAACGAGAGACCAACCGCAGGCGGCCCUCAAGAGGCUGACUCAGCCUCCGUCUCCUCAGAGGCUGGAAAAGAAGUUUUUGAUGACUUUGGGGAGUUUCAGGGUGAAAAACCCAAAAUCAGCAAAUUUGACUUUUUAUUAGCCACUUCCCAAGGGAAAAUGAAAUCCAGUGAAGAAAUGAUCAAAAGCGAGCUGGCAACUUUUGACCUCUCUGUUCAAGGUUCUCACAAAAGGACCCUAAGUUUGGGCUCCUCCCCUCUGCCCCCAGUGGAGCAGCCCUUUAGGGAUCGAUCAAACACGCUGAGCGAGAAGCCUUCGCUGCCUGUCAUCCGAGACAAGUACAAAGACCUUACUGGAGAAGUAGAGGAAAGUGAGAGAUAUGCCUAUGAAUGGCAGAGAUGCUUGGAAAGUGCGCUGCAGGUCAUCAAGAAAGCGAAUGACAUCCUGAACGGAAUCAGCAGCUCUUCUGUAUGUACUGAAGUCAUCCAGUCUGUGCAGGGCAUGGAAUAUUUAUUAGGGGUCGUUGAAGUUUAUCGAGUCACCAAGCGCGUGGAGCUGGGCAUCAAAGCCACCGCCGUCUGCAGUGAGAAGCUCCAACUGCUCCUGAAGGAUAUCGAUAAAGUGUGGAAUAACCUGAUUGGAUUCAUGUCCCUUGCAGCGUUAACGCAAAAAAAUGGCCACUGGGGAAGCCCAAUUUUGCUUAACGGACUGCAUGAUUCCCUUAACAGCCAUGUGAUUCACUUAAUGCCUGAUGAAAACUCACUGGAUUUCUCCUCCUGCAUGCUUCGCCCAGGGAUUAAAAACGCUCAGGAACUGGCUUGUGGGGUCUGCCUCUUAAAUGUAAACUCAAGGAGCAAGAAAGAAGAAAUGCCUCUGGAAGAACAUCCUAGAGAAGCCUUCAACUCCGAGACGGACAGCUUCAAGCUUGCUUACGGAGGGCACCAGUACCACGCCAGCUGUGCGAACUUCUGGAUCAAUUGCGUGGAGCCCAAACCUCCAGGCCUUCUCUUGCCCGACCUUCUUUAAGCAGACUGUUCUCCGCCAGCCUUUGGUCUUAACAAGGGAGCAAUUCCUAGAGGGAGCCCGGAGGGAGGGGGGGGGGUUGAAACUAGGUGCUUGAGAAGACCAACGUGAAACGGUGCUGGUGCUUUAGGGCGCUUCCAAAACAUUCAUCCUAGACCAGCUGUUCUCAUGGGAAGGGUAAAUGCCACUGGUACAUUUUUAAUCUGCAAGAGCCUCACCUUGGCAAGGAUUUGGAGAUACACCCUGAUAUUUUGGAGGGAGGAUUUUGCACUAAGGCAUAAAUGCCUUCUGGAGCAGAACUGGACUCAUGCCGCCUUUCAGCUGUGGAAAAAGCGCUGAUGAUUAUUAUUAUUUUUUGUCGAAGUGCAUGAUAAUUUCCUCAAAGGAGUAUCUUGGGUUUCAACAAUUUGCAAGGCCCAAAAGAGUGAGGCUUCAUUCGCUUUUUAGCAUGCACACCCUUUUAAAAAGCCCCCUACCCCACCCCGUGGCUUUUCCUUAAUUUUCUCCCAAAAAGGAACUUUCCACUUUGUAGGUUUCCUAAAAAUGUAUUGCUGUUUGACCUAAAUAAUCCCUUUUAAAGAAAUCCCCCCCUCCCAAAAUGGACAUAAACACCUCUGCUGACACACCUUUGUGUCCCCACCUGUACCAGUAUCUCCCCACCCAAUCCAGACCCCAAGUUAGGUGAAGAGAUCCGGUGAUAUUUGACUGAAUGCAAAUUGUCCUUCCAACCUUAAAACUCUUUUUCAGAAACUGUUUGUGGGGCGCAGGCCAUAGAAGAAUCCUGGCCCUUUAAAACUAGUUUAUUACAAUGCAAUCUUUUCGCUUUGGCCUCACGGUUUUACAGUAGGAAAAGUGCACACAGGAACAGUGGAUAGUGGAAGCAGAGAAUCUUCUACUCCAGGAGUGUGAAGCCUUGUCAACUUGAAGACUUCCGGACUUCAACUCCCAGAAUUCCCCAGCUGGCUGAGGAAUUCUGGGAGUUGAAGUUCAGAAGUCUUCAAGUUGACAAGGUUCGACCCCCUCUCUUUCCACUUAUAUGUUUUCUUUUUAACAGCAUUAACACUGUACAGGUUGGUUAGUAGCCAAACAGAGCACUCAUCCUGCAAACCUAUUUGUGAUGGAAACUCUUUUGAAGCAUCAUCAGAUGGUGGAGGCCUCUUUGCUCCACUUCUAAGCAGAAGCUGGGUUUUUUUUUUGAUGGCCACUGAGACAGGACUGUGAUGGAGGGGUGGGGGCUGUUGCAAAACGAACCACACGGCCUUUUUUUUUUCUGCCUUCCCUAUUUUCAGCUUGCGAGCCACCGUGCACAAUUUGAACACAGGCUUUUUUUUUUAACGUCAGGUUUAAUGAUGGUAAUUAUAGCCCUGGCCCAUGACUCAUGCUCCCUGAUUAGAAAUGAGCUUACAGGUUGAAAAUGCUUUGAUCCGAGCUGUUGGUCAGAGAUAAAAGUCUGCAUCUUUCCUCUCCUCUAAUUUGACGUGAAGUCAUAGCUGGCAAACUAGGCGGUGUUCUCUGUUGACCCAAAACACACAUCAUCCAAGCUCAACGAGUUAAUCUUGCCGCCGCAGUUUGCCACUAUGAUGAUUUUCCUAUAUCGUCUGCUUGGGGGGGGGGGAGUUUUCUCUGCAGGUGGCUUUAAAAGAGCCCCCCCCCCUUGCAAUGUCCCAGGACUGUUUUUCUCCCAACCUGAGAAUAGAAUUUGCAGAAACAGCCUCUGUGUUGGCGCAUGGCGGCCAGACCACUCAGGGCGCAGGAGUCUUUUAGGAGGCCCCUGAAACGGCUGGCCAGGUGCAGGUCUAGGUGUCCCCCAGUGCAGUGCUUCAGAGCAAAGGCCUGGCAAUCAAAGAUAUCUCCCCCAACCCCCCCCCCAGCCCCCACAGGUUAUAAAAACAGGGAAAGUCAAAAGAGGCAGUAGGAAGGCAGGAAGAGAUUGCAGCAUGUGAUUGCAUUCAUCCCUGCGAGACUGUUUUUCUUUCCUUCUCCGUCCCUGCUCUUUCUUCCUUCUCUUUCUUUUUCCUUCCUUCUCUUUCUUUUUCCU